AAAAAACAUAUUUCAAUAUAUACCAUGUCUAGAGAAGAAACUACAAAGCCAAUUGAUCCAUUUAAGCUUCUCCACAUCGUUGAAAACGACGAUGGUACUCUCAAACGUCUUUACGAAUUUCCUCGAACCGCUGCUGCUCCUGAUGAUCACGAUGGUUCCACCCCUGUGAUCACCAAAGAUGUAAUUCUCAACCCAGAACACAACACCUAUGUCCGCAUAUUCCUACCCCGUCAAGCCCUAGAUAAUAACACUAGCACCACAAAACUUCCUCUCAUCGUGUACUACCAUGGUGGUGGCUUUAUUAUUACACAUGUUGAUUCCACACCUAAUCAUGACUUUUGUUACAACAUGGCACAUCAACUCUCCACCGUGGUCGUCUCCGUUGAGUACCGCCUCGCUCCCGAGCACCGCCUUCCCGCGGCGUACGAUGAUUCGGUGGAAGCGUUACAUUGGAUCAAGACUACACAUGAAAAAAUGAUACGUGACCAUGUUGAUUGUUCCAAGUGUUAUCUAAUGGGUACUAGUGCUGGUGGCAAUAUAGCCUAUCAUGUGGGGCUACGUGUAUCUAAAGCCGUAGAUGAUCUUGAACCAUUGAAGAUCAAAGGGCUUUUGUUGCACGUACCAUUCUUUGGUGCGACACAGAGGAGUGAAUCAGAGCUGAGGUUGAUCGACGAUCCAGUUUUGCCAAUAAGCGGUACUGAUCUGAUGUGGAAAAUGUCUUUGCCAAUUGGGUCUGACCGUGACCAUGAAUAUUGCAAUCCAACGGUGGGUGAUGAAUGUGAUCAAAUCAAGAAGCUGGGUUGGUUGGUUGUGGUGAAGGGCUGUGAUGGAGACCCAUUGAUUGACAGUCAAAAGAAACUGGUAGAGAUGUUUAAGAAGAAGGGUAUUAAGGUGGAAACACGAUUCACUGAAGGAGAUUAUCAUGGGGUUGAACUAGUUAACCCCACCAAAGCUAAUGAACUAUUUGUGUACCUAAGCCACUUCCUAGAAAAAUAAUAGUAUGGUUAAUUUCUGUUUUUGGUACUUCUUCUGAUGCUACCAAAAAAAUGUUCCAAUUUACUACUAUAAAUAAAACUUGGAACCUAUCUUUUUUAUUUUA